AUGCGGCCCGAGUCCGAUUUAGCGGAGGAGCGCAGCUCUGCCACGAUUUCAUGUUCUGCGCUGCGCUCAACGUCAGAGAGACAUCAAAGACACUUUUUCACGAGGCUGCCGCCUGCACCUCCGUUGACACCACCGGAACUCAGCACCUCCAUCUUUGCGUGCAACGAGGAUGUGGAUGGAUUCAUCAGCCAACCGAACCCGGACUACAUGUCGGAUACCUCGUCGAUUCCCUUGCAAAAUUCGCAACCUAUUCCGCAAACUCACUCUUACGCGAAGAUGGUUACCGUUGAGGGGCACAUGCCUAACAACGAGGGCAGUGCAUCGUCGGCCCCGACUUUCAGCCCCGGCUCCUAUCCUGGGAGCGCGAUGCUCCCACCACCACCGCCCGGGUCACAAAACCAAGUACGGGUCUAUGAGGAUGACACGCCCCGCCGCAACGUCAACGUUCAGGGGGAAAUCAUUUCUGUCGUCAACCAAGACGGUCGAGGCUGGAGUCGUCAUACGCGCGUGUAUGGUGGCGGAGCAUGUCUAGCGUGCGCAGCAUCGGGCGGACACGAAGGUGGAUUUUACGGCGCCACAGUGACACCUGAGGAGAUGCGGUACUGA